UCUACGAUCUGCUGUAGACGUGUACACACGAUGGAUACAACAUUUUGGAAGUUUUUUUUAAUUCUAGUCAUUUUUAUCGUUUGCUAUCGUAAUUUUGGCGAUAGUUUUCCAAAAGUAUUAACCAUAACUUCGGCGGUUUUCAGUUGUCUUAUUGUGGCAAUCCAAUUGUCUUCUCCCGCUAAAAAUCCAAAUCGUGGGAAUUUUAUGUACAGAAUGUUGAUCAAAGCGGCAGCCUUUUUUGGUCCCCCGCCUCGACCGAAAUCCAAUUGGGAAAUCGCCGAGGACCUGCUUGUCACCGCGGUGAAAAUCCUUGCGUGUCUUACUACUCUACACAAAUGUGCUAUCGCAUUUUCGGACAAGUGAUGAGGGAAUCGUAAAAGAGUGGCGUGGGCUUACGGUCAAAUUUAGUGUGCGCCCAGAGAUGCGUAUCAUAAAAAUAUUUUUAUAAUGGCGCAAAUUUAAGGCGCAAUUUUAUGAUUGCAUAUUAUUUACGACGUAUGUUUGUCAUCUUAGUUAUCAUUUAAAAAAAAUAAAAAGAAUACA